AUGAGAAAAGCAAAGCGCACAGGGCUGAUAGACGCAAGCACCUCCACAUUUAUCAUGGCGGGCACCAACAAUGCCACGGUGAUUUUCUGCAUUGUUCUAGUAGUUUUCCUGCAGGUGUCGUGCACCGUUUCCCAACGCCCCACGGAAGCGAAGUUCGAGCUUCAACAGAACGUCCCAGCGGCGAUGACGGUGAACGGAUUCCAGCAAGGAGAGGGGGGUGGCGGGCCGGCGGCGUGCGACGGCCAGUACCACAGCGACGAUGACUUGGUGGUGUCGCUGUCCUCAGAGUGGUAUGCUGGCGGCGCCCGGUGCGGCAGGAUAAUCCGCAUCGCCGACCCUUCCAAUUCCAAUUUUGGCACAAACGCCAUGGUCGUCGACGAGUGCGCCGGCUGCGACAACGAGGUCGGCGCGUCGUCAGGUAUCUGGAAGAACUUCGAUCUUGACACCAGCCUCGGCCAGGUGGACACCACAUGGUCGGACGUGGACUUCUAA